CAUCCUCUAAUUGGGGUUCACACCCUGAUUUGACCCCUCAAUUAUCUCCCUUCCUUGAAGAAUUUGAACCGAGCGCUCCCGUAAAGUUUCAACUUUCAAACUAAGCAACCACAGCCACUUUGGGAGCACUCAUCAAGCACUUGCCCUGGAAACACAGAAAUCGGCUAUACCGUUCCCAUGGCCAGGCCUUCGUGGUUGGUUGACGGAAACAGGAUAGCGACAAAGAUCAGAAGUGCAUCAGGCGAUCCAGGAAACGUUUACUGGAAAAGCAACCCUUCAAGGACUUGCCCCAGCUGCCACUAUACCAUUGACAAUAGUGAUGUAACUCAAGAAUGGCCAGGAUUGCCAAGAGGUGUGAAGUUUGAUCCAUCUGAUCAAGAGAUUAUUUUCCACUUACUUGCAAAAGUUGGUGUUGAUGAUAUGAAACCCCAUCCUUUUAUUGACGAAUUCGUUCCAACGGUCCAUAAAGAUGAUGGGAUAUGCUACACUCAUCCCCAAAAUUUACCAGGUGUUAAGCAGGAUGGCACCAUUUCACAUUUCUUUCACAGAGCCAUAAAAGCUUAUAAUACCGGCACACGAAAGCGCCGAAAGAUACAUGGUAAUGAUUUGGGAGAUUUUAGGUGGCAUAAGACGGGUCGCACGAAACCUGUGUUUCUGGAUGGCGUACAAAGAGGGUGUAAGAAGAUAAUGGUUCUUUAUGUGGGCCCGGUCAAGGGGGGUGGAAAAGCCGAGAAAACAAAUUGGGUGAUGCACCAGUAUCAUCUUGGAACCGGGGAGGAUGAGAGGGAAGGAGAAUAUGUAAUUUCUAAAGUGUUUUAUCAGCAACUACAGGUGAAACAAAGUGAAAAAACGGAACAUGCAUCUCCCGAGGAUUCUGAAAGUUUGGGUGCUAAUAACGAUCCAUAUACCCCAAAAACCGAGACUCCUGAACCUGCUCGUUUAGAAAGAAGACUGUUGAGUUCACUUGCAGUCGUUGCAGAACUGGAGACCCCUAAUGUUGAGGCUUGUAAUCAAGAAAAAACCAUAGAGAACCAGACCAAGCGGAUGGAGGUGCAAAAUGAGAUUGAAGAGGGAGAUGAACGCAAAUGGUGGGGCAGUCAAGACGAAGCAGCACAGUAUCUCUUAAGCUCACAACAGCUUGUGGAAGGGCUGUCCUUGUUCGAUGAACUCCUGCAGAGCCAGUCUCCAAGUAGGGAUGGAGGGCAAAAUGGGAAAGAGCAUAAGGGAAUGCCGCGUCUUUCGGAUUAUAGACACUUGGGGACAGAGACUUUUAAGAAGGAUCUAGAGACGUGCCAAGAGCUGGUCCUUGAUCCACCGCCUGUGAUUAAUACAGAGGGUGAAACAGUCAACAACAGCCAAGAGUUUGUCAUUGAUCAAGAAAAUAUAGUUCUAGAGACACCACCUGAAAGGCUUACCCAACUCGAGUUUGAGUCUCAGGACAGUUACCUUGCUUGGGGAGGGAACAAGAUUGAUUCUUCUGAGAGAGGCAGCGGUUAAUCAUCGUUUCUAACCUUUGCAGCCGGGAAGCAGCAAAAUGUUCGUUGGCUUCACAAAACUCUUUUCUGCCUCAAUCCAAACUAACACUUAUUGGAGAUGGGAGUUGAUGAUGUUAAAAUAUGUAGUGUUGUAACAUAGAGAGCAUGAAGUUGUGUUUUGUACUUUGAAGUGAUUCUGAUGGUGGCCUAUAAGUAAUGCUCCCUCCCUGUUUUUGUCCUGUCACGCUUGUAAGGAUAAUGAAACUGUGUGGUUGCG